AUGAAGGCCACUCGUUUCCUUCAAAAUGCCAUACCUUCCAAGGUCAGUCAGAUUACGGUAGAGGGGUUUGCGAAUGCGGUGUUGAAGGUAUGGCGGCCUUCCAACGACCCGCGUCAGACUGCUACGAUUGGUCUGGCCAUUAGCGGGGGUGUUGAUUCUAUGGCUCUUGCGUUCCUCUGUUCUCGCCUCAAGGAACUAAAGACGGCUGCUGCUGAUCAGCCAGACCCAAAGCAUGACAUUCUGUCCAGCGUCAAAUUUCAAGCUUUCGUAGUAGACCACGGCGUCAGGCGUGGCAGCGAUCUUGAAGCGCAGGCCGUUUCCAAACUGUUGGAGAGGCAAGGUAUUCCUACCGAUGUCUUGAAAAUCCAGUGGCCAGAAGAUGCCACUUUGAAGUUGAAUUUCGAGUCUCUGGCUAGGAAGUACCGUUUCCGGACUUUGGGUCAAGCUUGCAGUGAGCGGGGCAUUGGCUCGUUGUUCCUUGCUCAUCAUGAGGAUGACCAGGCGGAGACGGUCAUGAUGAGGUUGGUAGCCGGGCAUCGUUCGAAAGGCCUGAUGGGUAUCAAGGAGCAUUCGGAGAUUCCAGAGUGUUACGGCAUUCAUGGUGUUCACGAGAGCGGUGGCAUUGACGACCCCAGAAUGAGGUGGUCCGAAGGGCCACCAGCGUCAGCUCCAGAAGUCGAAGAUCAUGAGCGAGGAACUCUCGCUUCAAGACCACAGCUACUGACUGAAAAUGGUGGUGUCCGAGUCUACAGACCAUUACUCGCUUUCAGCAAGCAACAGCUCACAGCUACGUGCCAAGGGAAUAGUGUCGAGUGGUUCGAGGAUCACACCAACAGAGAUCAGACACUCACAAAGAGGAACGCCAUCAGACACAUGUUCGCGACGCAUUCCCUCCCAUCCGCCCUCACCAAGCCCUCUCUCCUCUCCCUCUCCCUCAAGAUAAGGGCCAAGGAAACCCAACGACAAGCGACCAUCACCUCCCUCCUCACCCAAUGCAAGAUCACACAUCUGGACUUGCGCACAGGCACAGCCAAAGUCCAGUUCCCCGACCUGAGCCUUUCCACCCACCCACAAGCCACCUCCGGUCAAACGGCCGCGGAGCUUCUGAAGCGGAUCGCGAUGCUCGUCUCGCCCGAGCAGCACAUCGAGCUCUCAUCCCUCCACGGCGCCGUCGCGCACCUCUUCCCUGAGCUCCUCCCGGGCGCUACCAGACCGCCGCCCGCGACGCCAGUGGCACCACCACCCGCCUUCACCGUCUGCGGCGUCUACUUCCAGCGCGUCGGGGCCACGACGGUUUCUGGAGGCGAAGCUACUCGUAAACCUCGAUGGCUCGUCUCGCGACAGCCUUACCCCUCGAGAGCCAAGGAAAAGGACGCGAGGAGGUACCACGUCAAGUUCCCCCCCGCGGACGGCGGCGUCUGGUCGCCGUGGAGGCUGUGGGACGGCCGGUAUUGGAUCCGCGUGCAGAAUCGUAGCAGCAGGACGCUGCUUGUUCGUCCUUUGCUGCCGUCGGAGUGGCCGGAUGUUGCGCUUCGUCUUGGUGAUGAUCACUCGGCGAGGGUGAAGAGGAUUUGUAGAGAGAAGGCAACUGGUGCUAGAUGGACUGUGCUUGCUGUUGUGGCUCGACUGCAUGACGGGAGGGAGGUGGUGGUGGCUCUGCCCACCUUCGGGCUGGAUCUGAACCUGUAUGCUAUCGAGGGUUGGGAUUCUGUCAAGUGGGAGAUCCGGUAUAAGAAGAUAGAUAUCGCAGGCCUGCGCAUCAGUGACGAAAAAGGUGAGGUAGAAUAG